UUGGUCGCGGAACCGGGGAAAAAGUUUAGCUACACAACUUUUGGAUUCACAUUAACUAGCGCAGUUUUGGAGAAAGUGAGCGGGUUGGAAUUCAAAGUUUUGGCGAAUAAUUUGUUCAAAGAGUUGGGCUUGAAAAAUACACAAUUAGAUGUGAAUGAAAGAAUUGUGAAUUAUAGAUCAAAGUGAGUAAAUGUUAUUUUUUUUGAUUCAAAACGUGGAAAAAUUCAAGUUAUUCCAGUUACUACCAUCGAAAUAACCGCCAUGUUCUCGAAAAUUGUCCAGAAGUUGAUUGUUCUUAUAAAUGGGCUGGUGGUGGAAUAAUUUCAAACGUCAAUGAUCUUCUAAUCUUCGCCAACUCAAUUCUCACCUCAAAAUUAACCGAUUCAAAAGAUACAAUUUUAUCAAAUUCAACAAUUUCACAAUUCCUCACACCUCAAAUCCGCGCUGAUCGAACAGCUGAAGCCGGCCUCGGUUGGUUUAUCGUUGAUGGUCCAAAUCCACAUUUCUAUCAUACUGGCGGAGCUGUCGGCGCAUCUUCAGUGCUAAUUAUCUAUCCAGAAAGCGAGAUUUGUAUUGCCAUUUUAUGUAAUCUUCAAGAAACCUCAGUUCUUUCACUUGCCAGGACAAUUGAGUCAAUUUUCAGAGAAUAA